UUUCAGGAGACUUUCAAUUAUUUAAUUAAAAACAAAAUGUCCAACCGUCGUAGUCGCGGAGGUUUUGUUGAAGGAAAGGUUUAUGUUGGUGGAUUACCUGAAGACGCAACUUCUGAAGAGAUAGACGAUGCUUUUCACAAAUUUGGACGAAUUCGUAAAAUUUGGGUAGCUCGUCGCCCACCGGGGUUUGCUUUUGUUGAGUUUGACGAUCAUCGAGAUGCGGAAGAUGCUGUCCGGGCUUUGGAUGGGACUAGAAUUUGUGGUGUAAAGGCUCGCGUGGAAUUGUCGACAAGUAGCAGUGGACGUGGAGAUAGUGGACGAAUUUACUCUAGUGGUGGGGGAGGAGGUGGAGGAUACCAGGAUAGAUCUCGUUAUCGUUCUAGGAUUGACCCUUCCAUCUCUACCUCCCUUCAUGCUCUUCCAACCAACCCAUCACUUCCCUACAUUCUUCAUCCAAAAAAUGACAAAUUCGGCUCAACAUUUGCAAAUGCCGGAUAAAGUCAAAUAAACAAAAAAAAGUUUUUUUUGC